CUCUCCUCUCUCUCUCUCUCUCUCUCUCUCUCUCUUUCUCUUCCAUUUCCAAAGUUCCAGCUACCAAUCGAAACCCACACAGCCAAACCAAAGCCGAGCUCUUCCCCUCACCAUGGCGGCGGCUACGGCGGCUCUAGCUCGCUUCUCCAAAAAAUCCCUAACUUCCACCAACUACCUCAACCUCCUCCAACGCACACUCGCCACGUCAGCAUCACCCUCGCCCUCACCAUCGCCGAAGAGCGUGAUCACACCUUCGCCGGAUCGCGUGAGUUGGGACUACAGAGGCCAGAGGAGGAUCAUUCCGCUAGGUCAAUGGCUUCCGAAGAUCGCAGUGGAUGCUUACGUGGCGCCCAACGUGGUCCUCGCCGGCCAAGUCACCGUCUGCGACGGAGCCUCCGUUUGGGCCGGGUCGGUUCUUCGGGGCGAUCUCAACAAAAUCACCGUCGGAUUCUGCUCCAAUGUUCAGGAACGCUCCGUUAUCCACGCCGCUUGGUCCUCUCCCACUGGACUGCCAGCAGAGACAAUCGUUGAGAGAUUUGUGACGAUUGGUGCAUACAGUCUCCUGCGAUCCUGCACGAUUGAGCCAGAGUGCAUUAUUGGGCAGCACUCCAUUCUUAUGGAAGGUUCCUUGGUGGAAACCCACUCUAUCCUUGAGGCUGGGUCUGUGGUCCCCCCCGGGAGAAGAAUUCCAACUGGUGAACUUUGGGCAGGAAAUCCAGCCAGGUUUGUCAGGACUCUCACUCAUGAAGAGACCUUAGAAAUCCCUAAACUUGCUGUUGCAAUCAACGAUCUGAGCAAAGAACACUUCUCAGAGUUCCUUCCCUACUCUACCGUGUAUUUGGAGCUCGAGAAGUUCAAGAAGUCCCUGGGGAUAUCUAUUUGAUCAUCUUUAUUGCCAUUUUUCCAUGUACUGCAUAGUUGGAGGUUUCUUUGUAAGGAAAAUAAGAGGUCCAGGACAUGAGGCAAGCUUUUGCAAUCCUUGUCAUUGUAUUUGGUUUUUUUGGCUAUUUAAAGAAUUGUUUUGAAGUGUAUCAGUCAAAAAAUGUUGUAGUAAUGACUGAAGGCACUUGUCAAUUUCUAUUAUAUGCUGUGUCCAUUAUUUUCUGGUA